CAAAAACAUCUGAACCCUGAUUGGUGUGAAAAAUUCACUGUUGUCUUUACUGUAGCAAAAUUUUCUCCCACUGUACCUUGAAGCUGUAAUUUAAAAACAGUAACAAAAAACUUUUGGCUUCUCUCUUUGCCUCCAGGGUCACUGCAGGAGAUCAGACAUGUAUCUGCAUGUUGUUUCAGCACCAGUUUCAUGCCAGAUGCCUUUCCUGACUCGACUCCAUGUUAUGUGAAGAAUGGGCACUGGUGGUGUUGAACCAGGAACCUACUGCUUUAGAAGCAAGCGCACUAACCCCUUGGGGACACCAUGCUGCCCUGCAGCUGUAACUAAUGGAUUUUUCUUUUUUUUUUUCCUGCUCUAUGCGCAGUCUCUAAUCACAGCCACAGAAGCUUGUAACACCUUCUGAGAGCUUCCUUCAUGAGUGUCCGUCAUACAGGCUAAUCUUGAUUUUGACAGUGGUACUUUGCUAAUAUCAGAAUUGGACAUGGACAGGUGGCUAUCUGGGUCAUAUACUGUGCGGUGCCCAUCCUCUCCACUAUGCAAGUAUUGCAUAUGUGCACAAAACACUAGAAUGCCGCUUAACAUGUUUCUGUUCUUGUGUGGAGCAGUGUGUUGCACAGUUGCUUGCACAAAGUUCAACCCUUUGGGAAAGUUUCUAGAAUUAUUUGGAACGGUGUGUGAGUCCAGAAUGUAAUUGUCAAUGUUCAUUGUUCACUCUUGUUACGUAAUAUCUGUAAUUUUUCUAAAAAUAUUAGUCCUAACAAUGUUACAUUUUGGUGUUGUUCAUCCUUGAACCAAAAUAGAUAAGCAUACAAAUGGCAAAUGUCAGCUUUCCCCUGUUUGUCCGUGUUCAAAGCUGUACGCACGCACACGUACACAAACACAGAGGCCACUUGGCUUUUAAUAUAUAGAUGAUUUACCACCCCCUGCUGGAAUAACGUGUGAGCCCAGAAUGUAAUUAUCAACGUCUUUUCAUUGUUGUUAGCUAAUAUCCCUAAUUUCUCCAAAAAUGUUAGCCCUAUCAACUUUCUGUUUUCACAGUGUUCAUUCGUGACCAAACAGCGCAUGUCAGCUCUCCCCAGUUUGUCCGUGAUCGAAGCCAUACCUGUGUACGCAUGCACAUGUACACAGAGGUGACUUGGUUUUUAAUAUAUAGAUAAAUAAAGACUGUUAAGAUGUUUUGGUCUAGGUUUGCCUGCAUGAUUGAAGGUCAUUGUUUUGCUGGAAAUCAGAUAUUCUCCAAAGGUGUAGGUUUCUUGCAGGUGCCUUACAACACGUCUUUGUGUAGGAGUCCCCUACUUUCAUUCUAGCUUUACACCCUGAAGCCUGCCCACAUCCACACAGCACUAUGGCGUGUUUAUGUUGGUGCUUCGUUUGGUUAAGAACCUCAGCUUCUCCAGACUAAAGACCUUUAACCUUAGAAUGAACAAACUAGCAGAGUUACCACAUGCAUCUCGUGAUCCAACCAAGAAGCUAUGACUGGUGACGUACUGAAAAAGCGGGAAUGUACACAAACUGUCGCAGCUUCAGGUCUCUUGGUUGUUUCACUCACAUUCGGUUUAAAGCAGAUUUACAGCUGCAGUAUUCAUGGGACAUUCGGUGGCUGUGCACUCUGCAGCACUCCUGCUGAAAUAUAUAUUGUAAUUGAUGUUUCCAUAUUGAUUGUCACAGAAUUGCUUUUGGGAAUUUCACUGCAAAAUUCACAGCAGUGACCUUUUAAUGUCAUCACAUUCCUGUAUCAUGAGUUAUGUGAAUUAUACAUCAUGUUAAUUACUAUUAAACUGCAGAUUUGCUUCAUAUUUAGUGAUGACAUGUUAAGUGCCACUAUUUACCUUUUAAUUUUAGCUGCUUUUACGAAUCAGAACAGUUUCACCCUAACUUUCUACCAGAACACUGCAGAGAAGAUGGAUUAAAAAAAAAAACAAAAAACUUACAGGUCAGAUGGAUAAGACUCUAAAAUGAAAGACAAACAUUUAUAAAUGAAGAGGACUGAAGGACCUUGAGGGUCCAUAAAUGUCAACAAACAAAUCAUAGACCUUUGGUUUAGACAUGGAGUCCGUCCACACCCUACUGCAUGCUAAAUAUUACAUUAUUAUUUUUAGAUUAAUAUUUUAAUGCCAAUCUUUUCUCCUCCAGUUCUCUGGUGACAGCAGCAUGUGACUGUCACAGACCAUAAGUCCACCUGGCUGCAGACGAGUGAUUGACAGAUGAAUAGCCCGUGUGCGGCGAUGCUUCGGGGCAUCUUGUUUCUCUCAGUCUGCCGCUGCUAUGUGAUAGCUGGAGUUUAAUUCUGUGUCUCAGUUCAGCAGACACGCUGUCUCCCCUGUCCUGCAUUAAGAACUGGUCUGAAUGGCAGAACCACCAAAUGAAACGGUGCCCAGAUCUCCGCCUGAGUUCAAUUGGGGUUGAACGGGCAUCAUGUAGGCUUGUCGGGGAAUGAAACUGAAAACUGUUGGACUUCUGAAUGCGGUCAUCUGUUAUUUUGUCUCAUACGCACAAGUGCUGAAGAUGUUUCCAAUAAUAUGUCUUGCGUUGCUCCUUCCUGAAGUGGCUCACUCAGCUCAGGGCCAUUACGCCCACAAGCUAUUGAAUGAUUUGAUGGAGAAUUACUCCAACGCCCUGCGGCCGGUGGAGGACACUGACAGGGCCCUCAACGUCAGUUUGCAGAUCACCCUUUCUCAGAUCAAAGACAUGGAUGAGAGGAACCAGGUUCUGAUUGCCUACCUGUGGAUUAGGCAGACGUGGCACGAUGCCUACCUGAAGUGGAAUAAGGAGGACUAUGAUGGGCUGGAGGUCAUUCACAUCCCCAGCAGCCUUGUGUGGAGGCCUGACCUCGUCCUCUAUAACAAGGCUGAUGAUGACUUCUCAGGGCCAAUGGACACCAACGUGAAGCUGCGGUACACUGGAGAGAUAACAUGGGAUGCUCCCGCCAUCACCAAGAGUUCCUGUGUGGUGGAUGUCUCCUACUUCCCCUUUGACAGCCAAAAUUGUAACCUGACCUUUGGUUCCUGGACCUACAAUGGCAACCAGGUAGACAUCAUUAUGGACAAGGACAGUGGUGACCUCUCUGACUUUGUGGAAAAUGUGGAGUGGGAGUGUCAUGGGAUGCCAGCCACAAAGAAUGUCAUCAUGUACGGCUGCUGCUCUGACCCAUAUCCAGACAUCACCUACACCGUGCUGCUGCAGCGCCGCUCUUCCUUCUAUAUCUUUAACCUCCUUCUCCCCUGCUUCCUCAUCUCGUUCUUGGCUCCUCUGGGAUUCUACUUGCCUGCAGACUCCGGGGAGAAGGUUUCCCUCGGAGUGACCGUGCUGCUGGCUCUCACUGUGUUCCAGCUAAUGGUGGCUGAGAGCAUGCCACCCUCAGAGAGUGUGCCGCUUAUAGGAAAGUACUACAUUGCCACUAUGACGAUGGUUACAGCUUCUACUGCGCUCACCAUUUUCAUCAUGAACAUCCACUUCUGCGGUGCUGAAGCCAAGCCAGUGCCCCAGUGGGCAAAAGUCCUCAUCAUUGACUACAUGUCCAAGAUUUUCUUUGUUUAUGAGGUCGGAGAGAACUGUGCCUCUUCCUCUUCUCAGUCUCUCCAGGAUGACCUCCGUCGCCAGCAGCACCUCAGUCAGCAUGUCCAUGCAAAUGGUAAACCAGGGGUAAACCACAGCAGCCAACAGGAGAGGCAGUAUAACAGUUACACCACGCCACAGACCCCCAAGCACCAUCAUCAUCCCAGAGUGAAAGCCCAGCACCACAUCACCAGGGAGGAGAGGAGCUUCCUCUCCAGUCCUGCUCCAAGGAUGUACGAAGAUUCUAAUGGGAAAAUCCCAACAGGCAACAACUGCAAAAACAACCAGAAUAUCUUCUGUUACUCUGAAGACCAGAAACUUCCCUACUGCCCUGAAGAAAAAAAGCCUCCGUCUCCAGUCUCCACUGCGACCUUUGGCCCCUGUAUUUUGUGUAGCCAAGGCAAUGGCGUCUCUGGUGCAGACGCCAAGUUGGUGCGUAAUGUGGAGUACAUUGCCAACUGUUUCCGAGAGCAGAGGGCCACGUGCGCCAAAGGAGCGGAAUGGAAGAAGGUUGCUAAAGUCAUGGACAGGUUUUUUAUGUGGAUCUUCUUCAUUAUGGUUUUCCUCAUGAGCAUCCUCAUCAUUGGCAAAGCACCAUGACAGUGCAGUUUUUUUAUUUAGAUUGCCUUUAGUAAAUUAUUUGUAGUUGAUUAAAGACAUUUUUCUUCUUUUUAAAAUAAUAAACCUGCAGGUUCAUACUGUAUGUUGAAAUGUCAGUGAAGAUUGUGGAAUUUUCUUGAUUGAUAAUUAUUGUAUGGCCUUGCCUUACAAUAUAAAGCGCCUUGGGGCAACUGUUUGUUGUGAUUUGGCGCUAUAUAAAAAAAAUUGAUUGAUUGAUUGAUUGAUGAGGUUAUUGUGAGUCAGAGGACCACUUGUGCUGUGGAGUUAGACAGUCUGGGGGGGGGCUGGGGGGGGUUCUUUCCAUCAUGCCUCAGCAGCUGUUUUUAGCUCUUGUGCCUCUGUGUCACAUGAUUUUGGCAUUCAUAGUAUAAAUUGCUUGAUUUUAAAAUUAAAAACAGUAUAAAUAUGGUUUGUCAUGUGCUCUUUAUUAUUAAGACCCCCCCCCCCCAAAAAAAGCACACUUACACACUCCCAAAAAGCUGUAUUGGUUAUUGUUUUUUCAUGGCUUGUACAGCAAAAAUGUAAAUAAAUGGGUAGGUGAAUAUAUUCCAGAGAGAUGAUCUAUAGAUGAACUCAAAAAACAAUGAAUGCUGUCAUUUUGUAAGGUGCUGUUUGGGCGUUUAGCGCAGUUUGUCACCAUGAUGAUGUUGCACAUUUAGCUUACCUAAGUGGUGAUAUGCUGCUCUUAGUGAUGGUGGUCAGCCUUCGCAAGGCCACCAACAUUUCUCAACAUUGCACCCAGUGAGUCAAAACUUGACAUACAGUAGUGUUCAGAAUAAUAGUAGUGCUAUGUGACUGAAAAGAUUAAUCCAGGUUUUGAGUAUAUU